CGUCAUCUGUCUACAGGGAGGAGUUUCCUAUUGCCGGGAAAUCAGAAGAUUCAGAUGUAGGCUUAGAAGACAGACAUGGCAUCCAAAGUCGUCGGAUCAGGAUACAAGCCCAAGAGUACACUGCAGACUGACUGCAACUUGUGAAAGCAGCAACAGAAAAACCUGGGAAGAAUGCCUUUAAUUCCUGAUGAGAGUGGGAAUACACAGUUGCAUUAUGCUGCCCAUGCUGACAACUUGGAGAGCGUACUCAACCUGCUGCAGGACAGAAAUGACGUUCUGGGCCGAAAUGCGAGUGGCCUAACUCCUUUACAUUUUGCCGCUUUUGGAGGAAAUCUGAAUGUACUUGAACGACUUCUUUCGGAGGCUCCUGAAGCAAUAAAUGACCAAAGUAUUAAGGGUUCAUCCCUUCUUCAUGAAGCCAUUCGGGGUAAAAGCUUAGAAGUUGUCAAGUUCCUACUAGAUAAAGGAGCUGGCGCAAAUCUGCAGGAUAAACAUGGCAAUACUCCUUUACAUUUGGCUGCAUCCUGUAAACCUGCUGGCAAUUCCUCUAUCAUCUGCCAAGCUUUACUGGAAAGAGGAGCAAAUCCUUCAAUACAAAACCAGGACAAAGAGAGUUUUAUAUUCACUCUUCUGAGAAGAUCAGCCACCGAGAACGUAGAACUUCUGAUCACACUUGCUCUGCAAUACCAGCCUGACCUGCUGAGCAGAAAUUCCGAGGGUCUCACUGCUCUUGAUGAAGCUCGGAAAAUAAAAGCCCCACUUAGGGUUAUAAGACUGAUCCAAAACCAAACACAGGAGCAGCAGAUGGUGUUCUUGAAAGACCGACCGUUGCCUUUUCCUGUUAUGGAGUCUGGUAAUUCUGUUAUGGAGUCUGGUAAUUCUGUUAUGGAGGUUGAUAAUCAUAUUAUGGAGGUUGUUACUCGGAGUGGAAAGACUAGGAAGAAGGUGAAGCUCUUUAUCUGUGGGCAUAGUGGAGUUGGAAAAACCACAUUUGUCAACACACUAAAAGAGACUGGGCUACUUUCAAGAUUUCAGUAUUAUUUUAAUGGAACUGAAUCUCCUCCAUCUACACAAGGGGUGUCCUGUUCACAGACUGAUCUAAAAGAUGGUUCCUUGGUUAUAUGGGACUUUGCUGGGCAAAUGGAGUACUGUUUUACUCAUUCUCUACUUCUCAACACAAGUGGACCUAAUACUAUAUAUUGUGUGGUCUUUAGUCUUAAAGGAAUUGAGAGUGACCUGCAUGGAGCACAAAGGCAAGCAAUUGACCAGAUGAUUUUCUGGCUGCGAUUUCUAAGCUUAGCCCAUAACCCUGACUCCUUGCCACAUGUUAUACUCAUAGGAAGCCACUUGGAUACCCUGCCUGAAGAAAACCACAUGCUGAUCGCCCAACGCUUUUAUGAAAAUGUGAUGAAGAGAGAGACAGAGCUGUUCAAUUGUUUUCAGAAACAAUUUUUCCCAAUAAACUGUAAAAAGAAGACAGAUGUGGAGCCCAUCAAAGACGUCCUGGAAAUAAUUGUUGCAAAAACUAAACAGGAACCUAAGCCUAAAAUAUGUCAGCUUGUCAUGGAGUAUCUGGGCCUGCAGAGGGUUCGCUUCCAGCGCUGGCAAAAAUUUAUUGAGAGUAUUACACAAUGGCUUGCAGCAAGGGGAUGCCAGCCAGUCUGCCCUCCUACUUUACUGACUGCCGUGGAAUAUCUUCACAACAUCUCUGAGUUGUUGUACUUGCCUCAGUACGGUCCUUCAAGAAUAAUCUCAUCAGUCUAUUGUGACUUUACCUCUCCAGUGCCAUCUGGUGUGAUUAUCUUGGACAUGAACUGGCUCCUACAGAAAAUCUUUGCUAGAUUUGGCAAUUUUGCUUUGAGCCCAGCAUCCGGAACAGACAAACAGUUAUGGUGUUUUGAGGAGGUGGUUGGAGCCCUUAGCUUGAAUGAUGGCGAAGGCGAUGCUGAGGCUGCUUUGGAGUUGCUGGAGACAUUGGAACUCCUUUUAAGAACAACAGAAGGGGAUUAUGUUGUGCCAGCUUGGUUGAAACGAGGGGGACUUCAGAGACGAAGGUGGGAAAAUUUGCGAGGGGUAGUAUAUCGCUGGAGAAAUGACAGCAGGAUAUUUUUUAGUCAUUUCUUUGUCGGUAGACUUCAGAUUCAACUUAUUCGCAUAUUUGGAAAAGACAAAUGCAAACUGUGGAAGGAAGGAGCGCUGUUAAUCACAGAGGCUCAGGUUAGAAUUGAGGUCUCAGAAGACAAGAGAUCUUUAUACUUAAUUGGAUGCUGGGGAGACAAAGACAAAGACGGUGACUGUUACAAUCUCUUGGAGAAGAUAGAAAAAGAAGUAGAGACUCUUCUUAGGAAUGGGUGGGAUCAAAGCUAUGAAAAGUUGUACCUUUGUCCUAUCGAGCUACGUGAUAUAACUGAGGCAUCAUGUGCAAAUUGUGACAAGGAACAUCAAUUAUCAAUGCAACCUGGCAUAACUAGAGAAAUCAAAGGAUAUCGUUUCGAGGAGAUCCUGAAUGCUGAAAUAAACAAUGGUUCCCUUUGUGGUAGUAAUAUUCGAACAUGGGAAAUCUUGUUUCCACAGCAUGACACAAGAAUUUUACGCCAUCUUGGAUGGAAUUGCUACACACGUUUUAUUGAAGGUUCAACAUUAGAAAAACUUUGCCAUCUUCUGGAUGAGAUGCAUCCAACAGGACACGAUUGGCGGUGGUUGGCAGAGUUGCUCGGGAAAGCAACUAUCAGUAUUGUCAAACAAAUUGAGGAAGAAGCUACAAAAAAGGGAUUAUCACCAACAAGCCUUGUCUUAAAUCAGUAUCCUGUGACUAUUUCACAGCUAAAGCAGUCUUUAAGUAUAAUGAAGAGAGAAGACUGCCUACCUGAGAUUGAAAAAAUGAUGAUAGGUUUCAACUCCACUUAGUUGCAACUAAGACCUCUUUUGUAUAUUUAUUGAGGAGAUUUUUCGUCAAUGGGUAUGGUUACUGGGACAGGAAAUAAGCAGAAUCUCUCCAGACAUGGGAGGGGUUAGAUCCUCUGGUUCUUAUUGUUUUGAGCUUUGGUGAGCUCCUUCUCUCUUCCUAUGCUUUCUUUAACACAAAACUCUGGGGACAUUUUUCAAAUAUAGCUGCCAGGAAUAACAACCCAACUGGUUCUAACCCUCUAUUUGUUACCUAAACCAAAAAAAAAAAACAUGUUGACUGACAUUAAGCUGUAAAAAAUAAUACAGAGUUUUUAGUUAUUCUUCA